AUGAAGAUAAAUGCACCAGCAAGAAUUAUUCUUGUCAGCAGCCCUCUUCAUAGUUGGGAUUCGAUUGAUUGGGAUGAUAUUAUGGCUGAACGACAAUAUGAUAAAUAUUUGCAAUUUUCUCGUACAAAAUUAAUGAAUCAUUUAACGGCGUUUGCAUUGCACCAUGUUCUGCAUCGAAAUAAUUGUUGUCUUCAAGUAACAUCAAAUGUUGUCGAAUUGAAUAAACUAGAAUCUCGUAUCAAGCGAAGAGAAAGAUCGAGGAGUACUUCAAUAUCAUCAUCAGAUACAACGCUGACGUUAAGUAGUGAUGUAGGUAUUCUACUUAAUAUGGUUGAAUCAGAAUUAUUGGAAGGAGUCAGUGGAAAAUAUUUUGAUUGUCGUGGACGGCAAAUAAGAAGUGGUGCUGUAGCAACUGAUGAACGAACACAGCAAAAAUUAUGGAAUUAUAGUAGAAAUCUUUGCAAAAAAUUUUCGCUUUUGAAUCGGCAGGGAGACAGGAACUUUGAUGUCAUUGAACAGGAAAAUUUUCUAAAAGCAGCUUUAUGUAGCAUUUUUUUCAGGCAUUCUAUGGACUGGAGUGAUUUGGAGAGUAAAAAGAGAUAUGAAAAGUAUGAGCAGUAUUCGCGCACAAAAUUGAUGUUGCACAUGACUACAUUCAAAUUGUCUCGUAUACUCGAAAAUUCUGGUGUAACAUGUAACGUACUUGAACCUGGCGUUAUAGAAACAAAGUUGCUUCGUGCUGGUGGCUAUCAUGGAGGUCCAGUCACGGCAGGUUCCCGUUCGGCUGUAUUCCUUAUUCAAUCUGAUACAGCGAAUAACUUAAAUGGCGCCUAUUUCGAUAAUAUUGGGAAACGAAUCACGAGCUUAAGUUCAGAAUCGACUGAUGUUAAUCUGCAGGAGCGUCUUUGGCAGUUUACGGAACAAUUAUGUGAAAAAUUCAAUAUUACUUUUGAAUAA